AUGCUUCGGCCACUACUGUCGCACCUUGGUGCGCAAGCAAGAGAUACACUCCGACCAACGCUCUUCGCUGUCAUCUGGUGUGUCUUUCUCCUCAUCCUCAAACGCAACACUCUGACCGUGUCUACAUGGCCAACACGUGCACGAUUUUCUCUCGACGCAUCCUACCAUAACACAACUGAAGCUGAAACACAGACGCUGGAUUGGGACAAAGUGUGGAAAGAUGUUGAUUGGGCUUCAUACCGUGUCAUGGCUUCGCUCUCGACAGUGACUGGGCUGCUCCUGGCUUUCAGGUCCAACAGCGCAAUCGACCGCUGGAGUACAGCGCGAAGAAAGUGGUCAGAUGUACAGGCAACUUCAAGAUCACUGCUGCGGCUCUUAGCACCAACUCUACUCUCACAGCCUCUUUCUCGGGGUACAGAAACCAUGCAAGGCUUUGCACACCAUCAAUCAAAACAAAAAGAAGCACAAGCAACUUUAGCCACGAUCCCGUUCUUCAGCAUCAGCUUGAUGUAUGAGAUGCGAGGUCGUUCCAUGGAGCUUUUCCCGACCGAAAGUCCAUCACUUCUGCGAGACGAUCUGAUCGAGUCACUCCCUCCAGCACUCGUUGCAGCAGCUCAUCGUCAACAGCAACUCUCCUCUGCAUCAUCUUCACCACUCCGUUCAGCAGAAACAGAAAAACAAAAGCAAAUCGCCAAUCUCAACAGCCCUCGCACCAUCCAUUCCCCUUUGCCCUCGCAUGCCACCUCCGGCAAUUCAUCUCCAAAUCUCGCGUUGUCAUCCCUACUCCACCUACAGCAAUCACUCGACGCCUUCCACUCAACUUCCCUCCUCACUAGUCCCGUAUACGCCCACAGCAUCGGCCUGGUCAACUCACUCACCUCACACAUGACCGAACUCGAACGCGUACGGGACACUCCGAUCCCCCUCUCAGUCUCACAGCACUUCUCGAGGCUGCUUGCGAUUCAGACGAGCUUGCUGGCGGUGGUGGUUGUGCAGAAAUUGUAUGAAAGAUGGUGGUUGUGUUUGGGUAUUACAGGGGUAGUUACCGGUAUGUUGUACGGUGUAGAUAGUUUCGCGGCCGCAUUAGGACAGCCUUUUGGGUUGGAGAGGGAGGACCUGCCACUGGAAAAGUAUGUACAGGAUGCGCAGGGGGAUUGGGACGAGGCUAGGGGUUUGCUGUGA